AUGUCGCUUUCGAUGUUCCUGCAAAGGUUGCAAGGGUUCAAGGUUUCUCCUUCUCUUUCCAUUCCCAAGUUUCUUCCUUUUCUUGUUAACCCUAAUACCCUCUUGUCCUCUGGCUCUCACUCCUACUCUCAAUCCUCAUUACUAUUACUUGAGGAUCAGAAUAUUCAGGACGCAGUCUCCCAAUUCAAUUGCUUGCUUCUUAUGAGCCCUGUUCCUUCCCAGAUCGAAUUUGGCAAGAUUUUGAGAUCCCUUGUGAAGAUGGAGCAUUACCCUACUGCAAUUUCCCUUCUUAAGCAGAUGGAGUUUAGGGGAAUUGAUCCUGGCUUUAUUAAUCUCAACCUCCUCAUCAAUUGUUUUUGUCACUUGUAUCACGUGACUUUGGCAUUCUCUGUAUUCGCCAACAUUCUCAAGUUGGGUUAUCACCCAAAUGUUAUAACCUUCACUACACUUAUCAGAGGUCUCUGUCUCAAAGGUGAGGUCAAGCAAGCACUCAACCUUCAUGAUAAAUUGAUAGCACAAGGAUUUCGAUUCAAUCAUGUUUGUUACGGGACUUUGAUCUAUGGGUUGUGCAAGAUAGGAGAAACCAAAGCUGCCAUCCAAUUCCUCAGAACAAUUGAAGCCCGGUUAAUUAAGCCUGACGUGGUAAUGUAUAGCUCAAUUAUUGACUCUCUAUUCAAAGAUGAACUUACAAAUGAGGCUUAUGAUAUGUAUACUGAAAUGGUUGCUAGGGGAAUUUGUGCUAACAUUUACACUUAUAAUAUUAUAAUUGAUGCAUUAUGCAAAAGUGGAAGGGUGAAAGAAGCAAAAAAUGUGUUAGCUGUAAUGUUGAAAGUUUCGGUGACACCUGAUGUUGUUAGCUUUAAUACUUUAAUGGAUGCGUUUUAUUUAAGUAAUGAGGUAAAGGAUGUCAAGAAUGCAUUUAAUACUAUGAUGGCAAUGGGAAUAACUCCUAAUGUUGUCAGCUAUAACAUCAUGAUUGAUGGACUAUGUAAGAAUAAUAGGGUGGAAGACGCUAUGAGUCUCUUGGAGGAAAUGCAUGGAAGAAAUAUAACUCCUAAUAUGGUAACUUACGCUUCUCUUAUGGAUGGUUUAUGCAAACUUGGGAGAAUAUCUUGUGUUUGGAAUUUCAUUGAUAAGAGGGAGGAUAGAGGUCAACCAGUAAAAAUAACCAUGUAUAGUUCUUUGUUAGAUGCUUUAUUCAAAAACAAUGAACUAAAUAGAGCCAUUGCAUUAUUCGGGAAACUGAUAAAGAAGGGAUUUUAUUCAAAUAUAUACAUUUACACCAUAUUUAUUGAUGGAUUGUGUAAAGGAGGAAGACUUAAGACUGCACAAGAAGUUUUUCAAGAUCUUUUGAUUAAAGGCGUCAGACUCAACCAAUACACCUAUAAUGUUAUGAUCAAUGGGCUUUGUAAGGAGGGUUUGUUUGAUGAGGCAUUGACAUGGUUGUCUAAAAUGGAAGACAAUGGUUGCAAAGCCGAUGCUAUAACUUUCAGUACAAUCAUACAUGCUCUCUUUGAAAAGAAUGAGAUUGAUAAGGCAGAGAAAUUGAUUUGUGAAAUGAUCGCUAGAGGCCUGGUGAAAUGA